AUGGGUAUUUGCUUUUCUUCACAGGCAAAUGAAUCCCAACCCACUGCAAAUCUAAUCUUAAUGGAUGGAAGCAUCAGGCAGUUUUCUGAAGCUCUGAAAUGUGGGGAGAUUUUGCAAGAAUAUUCAGGCCAUUUUAUCUGUAGUUCAGAUGGGCUUUACAUAGGCAGAAAGAUUUCAGAGGUUCUUAAAGAAGAUGACCAGCUGCAACUUGGGCAGCUCUAUUUUCUUCUUCCAUGCAGGAAAUUGGAGUAUGUGGUCACAGAAUCAGACAUGGGUGCUCUGCUUUUUAAGGCCAGUUCUGCAAUUAAACAGAAGAGAAGCAGAAGCCAAAAAGUGCAGCCUUUGUUUGAUGUUAAUUUGGAUUUGAAGGAGGAAAGCCAGGAAUUGUCAUGGGCAGAGGAGGAAUGCAGGGCAGACUUUCUCUUGUCUCCAAAGGUCUCUGGUUCAGCUGCCUCCAGGGUGGGUAAAAACCAGUGGCACUUAAAAUUGGAGACCAUUAUGGAGGGUGUGUGA